AUGAAAUAAUAAUUUUUACAAAUUGAACUUAAAGACUCUUAAUAAGAAGCAUCUUAGAUCAAUUUUUAAAAUAUGGUUGAAAUGCUUUAAGACCCGGAUUUCAAAUAGAAGUUCUUACUAUGUAAUUCAGAAUAUGAAAUGGUUAUAUUAUUCCCAUUAGUUGGUUUUGGAAUUACUAUAGUCAAAUCUAAAAAAAAUUAUGAAACUAAAAUAAAAGUAACAGAGUUUUCCAAAAUAUUGAAAAUAAUAGAUCUUAGUGUUUUAGAUAUAAAAAAUGUUAAAAAAAAAUAUUAACAGGCGAACUGCAUUUUGCCAUUAUUAUUAAAAGUAGAAUAGAAUGAGUAGUUAUUAAAUUGCGAACUUUUUAAAAGAAAAAUUUCUUACUUAGUACAUGAAAAAUUGGAUUGUUAUAAAGAGGAUACAUAUUUAUCAUUGAUUUAAGCUAGCAUUCAUCAUAUAAUUAAGAAAGAAGGGAUUUAGUCUUGGGGUAAAGAUAUUUUAGAACUUGCAUAUUAGACAUGUUAGUAAGUAUUUAUUCAUACACCAUUAUUUUGUAAAUCGGUUUCUAUGCUUGAAUUUUAGAAAUCUAAAUUUUAACUUUUAAAUAUAUUUUGUUUAUUUUAGAUGAAGCAGAUAUCUACUGAAGAAAUUUUUGAUUAUUAUAUUUGCCCAAAAGUAAAUAAAAGUUACGAUAUAUUAGAUGAAGAUUAGUUAUAAAUAUUUUUUGAUAAAUUAAAAUUUUAAUGCUUAGAUUCUAUUUAUUAAAAUAUUAAAUUAUUCAUGAAAAAUUAUUUAGAAGAAAAUAAUUAUUUUAUAGUAAAAUUAACAUAAAAAAAAAUUGUAUAAGGAAUGAUGGAAUAUAUGAUUCCAAAGUAAUUUUAAUGGUAAAAUCUUUAAAAACUUGAAUAUAUUUAAAGUAAAUAGAAAGAUAUUAAUAUAUUAAAAUAUUAUACAAUUUCAACAAUAUAUUAGAAACUCUUAUAUAAUCUAUUUGAAAAAUAUAAUGACGAGAAGAAAUUAAAGUAUUUUGAGUCAUUUUCUCAUCACUAUUAGGAAUAGGAUGAUUAAUUUUCAUAUUAAGAGUUUCUCAUAUCUCAUCAUAAAUAUUCUGAUAUAUUUGAAAUUUAUGAAUUAUAUAGAUAAAUACAAGAUGAAUUUUAAAAUGAUAACUAAAGACUUGAGGAAAAUUAUUAGGUUAUAGCUAUUCGUUUCAUUCUGAGUAAAAUAUCUAUUGAAUCUAUAAAAAGAGAAAAUCUGGAUAGUGUUUUGGAUUUAGAAGGCUUACGAGGAUUUAAAACAAUAUAUGACUAUUUAGAGAUAUUUCAAAAAAUUUUUUAAUUUGAUAAUUAAAAAGCUUAAAAAAUUAAUAUUUAAAUAUUUGAAGAGGUUAAAAAUUUGACUUGGUUAAAUUAUUUAUCUUCAAUAACUAAUUUUAAAGAAAAUGAAAACAUCAAAUAAUUUUUAGAAAAGUUUCGUUCUCAUUUAAAGAUUUGGAAAUCAAAAUUAGAAUAAGAUGUAUGUGCAGCAAAUUUAGUAGAUAUCAGUAGGUUUUGUUUUUUAUUGCUAGAAAGGACGAGAUUGUUAAAAUAAAUUGAAAGAUUUAACUAAUAAUAACUUUAAAAUAUCAUGACAAAAGAUAAACAAAAAGAGCCAUAUUGCGCAAAAAUAUUUGAAAUAAGUAAAACUCUCAAAUGA